AUGAGCCAGCCGACUCGCCGUAAUCCACCACGUGAACGUAGGUCAGCACUGGAAGAGGCCCUCUACUACUUUAAUGGAGAAGGCAUAUCGUCACCUGUAAGUCUUAUGACUUUACGCAGUUCUGAUUUCUAGGAACUAAACGAGAGCCAUAUUGAGAUGGACGACUCCGAUGACACCCUUCCCUCAAGGGAGCAAAUGCGGGUCGAGGGUAAUAAAAAUUCUUUCUUUUGACCUUUCUCACAGAGUGGCAGGAACCUGUGCCUAAUGACAGAAUGGCAAAUUUGGAAAAGGCCUUGGUCCUACUCCUUCAGCACAGUGCAAGGCUGUCCAAAAAGAUGGACGUGAUCCUUGACAGUAACCGCCGCUUGCACGGCCGUUUGCGGGAGUUAGAGGCAAAGGUGCUUCAAAGGUCACCAGCGCCGGCGGCUGCACCGCUACCCCAAAACCCCAUAAAGCGGCCUAUGCGGACGGCAGCGGACUUCCGCAACCUGAAUGCACUAAUGGAGGACAAUGCAAUAAGAAACGAACUUGUAGGCUGUCCGUUUAUUACCUACACAAAAAAUUAGGUGUCCUUCCUCACCUGUCUAGGCGGUAAUAGCCUGGAUGACUUUGUUAAGCGCAUAUUCUUUGCGCUAUUUGAGGACGAAAUAGCCCUACACGUCAACUUCAAGGGCAGAAAGUUGAAAGAAAGUCUGUCCACUUCUGCAGUUUACAAGGUGGUUCUAGGUAUGUUUGCAAUUAAACUUCCUCUAUCUACAUUCUUAGACGUCUUCGCGAGUUGGAACAAAAAUUCCGCUCUCACUCUAUCCGAUCUUGAGAGUGCCUUUACCAAAAGACUCAAAAGGUCGCUCGAUAAUUGUGUGCAGCGGCAGCAUAGAGAAAGCGCGAACAAGAGCUGGACUGGUGAAUACAUUUCAUUUUUUAAUAUAAUUCCUACCCUCUAG